AUGGCCAAGAAGGACGGAAAAGCAGUAACCAAGAAACGAUCCUACGCCGCCGCCAACGCCAGCGGCAGCGGCAGCUCCCUGGCCAUGGCGGUGAUGCCUCCGCCGCACGGCGCGAACCACAUUCAGCUGCCGCCGCCGCUCCCUCCUGGCGUCUACUUCAGCCCGACGCGGGAGGAGUGCCUGGGAUUCCUCAACCGGUCGAUCGCCGGCGACAACGAGCUGGCCGACGCGAGGGGCUACAUCUUCAGGGCCAACCUCUACGGCGAGAGCCCCGACGCGCUGCGCCGCCGGCACCCGCCGGCGAGCAUCCGCGGCCGGAGCGAGGACGUGUGGUGGUUCCUGAGCCAGACGCGGUUCCAGAGCCAGACCGUGGGCGGGGGCGCCUCCAAGCGCGCCGACCGCCAAGUCAAGACCGGCGGGUUCUGGCGGCUGGAGCAGGGCAAGGAGGAACUGAAGAAGAGCAAGAAGCGCAUGGAGGAGGAGGAGGACGAGGAGGAUGCCGACGGCGUCAAGAACAGCUUCGGCUUCUACGUCGGGAAAUCCAAGAAGGACGACAAGACGCCGUGGCUCAUGCAGGAGUUCACCAGCGCCAACGACGACGGCACCGGCAAGCUUGGCAUGCCCGCGCUCUACAGGGUCUACGUCUCGCCGCGCGCCGGCGACGACCGGCUGAGGGAAGUCUUUGGGGAGGACGGCGCGAAGAAAGAGCCCGAUGGGAAGACCAAGAGGCCUGCCCGAGUCAUGGUCCCCCAGGAGUAUUUCGACCGCAUCGCCGCGCUGCUGCCGGAGGGGAGUGUCCGUGGUGUCGUCCAAGAGCACAUACAGGCGCCGCCUCCGGUGACGCCGGUGGGUCUUCCCAAUUUCCACGGCCAGCACGGGCACUAUCUUGGUCAGUACUACAAUCAGCAGCAAGGGCAGUAUCUUGGUCAGUACAAACAGCAGCAAGGGCAGUAUCUUGGCAAGUACGAGCAACAAGAGGGGUCGUUCUCGGGUCCGAGUGAUUACUACGGCCAGCACGGGCAGUAUCUUGGUCAGCUCGAGCAGCAGCAAUGGCAGUAUCUUGCUCAGUACCAGCAACAACAGGAGCCGCCGUUGUCAGUGGUCGCUCCGCCGCCUGCAUCACUGGGCCUCCUUGGUGAGAUCAAGGCGGAGGCGCCGUCGGAAAAUCUGAGCAUGCCCAUGGUCGCUCCGCCUGCAUCACCGGGCCUCCUUGGUGAGCUCAAGGCGGAGGCGCCGUCGGAUAAUCUGAGCAUGCCCAUGGACGAAUUCCUGAGUAUGAUCAACGAGCAGCCGGAGGUGGCGGUUAAGGGGGAAGAACAGAUUUGGGAAUCUUUGCCUGAUAUACUUGAUGCUGACGAAGUCGCCAAGUUCAGCAAGUAG